AUGUUUCCCGCUUGCGUCGGGCGGGGAGGAGGAGCUUCGUCCCAGUCCGUUCUAGACUCCGGCGUCUGGGACACACAGGCUGGGACGAAGCGUCGGACGGGAAAGGAUGACCGAAGGGUCCACCGGCCUCGUCAUACGCCCAAUCAAAGCGGGGGAGGAGAAGGAUGCUGGAUGUUGACCCUAGCGGGAGUGAUCAUCCUGCCUGCGCUGUCGUUUUGGGCCCUAAAUCGAGUCGUGAGCAGAGAUUUGAGCAAGACGGUCGUGCACAAGCUCAAGGACAUUCCGAACAACUACGUCAGGCCAGGGCGGAACAACCUGUGGGUCGCGGUGUUCAUGGGUAGGAUCAUAGGGUGUGUUGCUGUGGAAGAAGUCACUCGCGCCAGGGACGUGGCGAUUCUUCGCAGCAUGUCGGUGGAUUCGAGUUACCAGGGGCUUGGGGUUGGCAAGCGCUUGCUGGAGGUUGUGUUAGCCUUCUGCGAAGAGCAUGGGUAUGGAGAGAUAAAGUUGGGGACUACGGAGUUUCAGAAGGCGGCGCAGGGUUUGUACGAACGGUUUGGUUUCAAGCAAACGGGGAGGGUGGCUGUGCCCUUGCCUUUGGGGAAGCGGUUACAGAUCUGGAACUAUCGCCUUAUUUUACCGAGAACCGCGCGGAUUUGAUUUGAACCAGCGUCUCUACAGUUGGUUGAAAACUAAGCAAACAGGUUGUAGAGACCGGGCGUUGCCCGGCCGCAAAAUCGCUAACUUCUAGGUUCAAUGAGAACGACUCGAAAGAUGGGCUUCAAAGGAGGGCUCUAAUGACGAUCAGACGGAUCUGCAUCAGCAGUCAAAGUCGCAUAGCAUCAGCAGGGAAUAGCACAGAGCAGGCAGAAAAUAACAAGCGCUGUGGUGCAAAGGCAUCAUGUCGUAAAGCUAGCUGUACAAAGUGGUACUUUUACGAGCUGUGAGUCAUCAAUCAUUGCGGAUAUUAUUAGGCCCGACUUCCACUUGCGAUCAUGUUUAAGACAGGCUUGAGGCCGCCUCCAACUUUUUUUUGCAGUUUUGCCCGAUUCUUUUAAAACGUUGACAACGA